GUCUGCGCCCAUGACGGAAACUUGCGCAAUGCAACUUUAAAUUACGUUUAGGUUCUUUUUAGAAUUUAGUCAAUUGCUUCAUAACAAAGCGAUCACUUAAAGCGUUUGAGCUCCCUUUUUAAAGGUUUGGUAACAGGUUUACACAGACUUUAUAGCAAGAAAACAUGAUGGCAGGUAAAACAAAGGUUAAAGUAGAAAACGAUGGAGAAUUGAGGAAGAAGAUAGAAUAUCAAGUGGCCUGCGAGGAGAGAGCUCAUAGAAUUGUAGAGAGACUUAUAUAUAAUCCAAAUACUCAGGAAGAAUUAAUCAACGCUUUACAUUUUAUCACUCCAAGCCAUUAUUCAGACAUUGUUGAGGAAAGAGCUGUCUCAAAACUUUGCGGGUACCCGCUGUGUCCUAAUGAUUUAUCAAAU